GCCAGGGAAGGACAGACAGCCCCCAGGACAGCAGGACUGAGGGACAAGAGAUUUGUCAUGGACUACACACUGGAGACCAGCCAGCUAAAGCAGAAGCUUCUGAAAACCAUCUACAGCCUCCAGCUGAAGUCAUUUACCACACUGCAGUCAGCCAGCCCACUGUUGCACAGCCAUCGUGGCAUGGGCAUGGUGACCCAGCACCAGGUCCACCAGCUGGCAGAAAAGGCCAAAAGCCUGUGUGGAGAUCUGGACAACAUCAAGAACCUCCUCCACUAUUGCCAGGAUGACUUGGUGCGGCAGAUUCCCAACCCCACUGGCAGCCGCUAUGGGGGUGUCAGUGGAAUCCAUUGCUCCCUGGAUGGCUCCAUCUACGUGACAGCUGAGAGUGCUCCCUGGGUCCACGUGCUCAGCAGCACAGGCCACACACUGCAGACCCUGUCCUGCCAGCAAACAGGCAAGGGAGGCAGCUUUUUCUUGCCCGAAGAUGUGACUGUGACUAGGAUGGGAAUGGUGGCUGUAGCUGACAUGGUGAAUGAAGCCAUCUGGGUCUUCAACCCUCACACCAGCCUCUCCAAGGGGGAAUGGAUAAAGGUCAGGACGGUCGGUUCCCCCAGGGGCAUUGGAGUAGACUCCAUGGGCAAGAUCCUGGUAGCAGAUUAUGCACAAGGCCAAGUGCACAGCUUUGCUCUGGACCAUGCCUUCAGGACACUCAAUGUCCACACUGUCCCAAAUCUGCAGGGACCUCGCUAUGUCAGUCCGGUGCCCAGUGGAGGCUUUGUGGUGAGUGAGGAGUGUGGAGAUGUCAAGGUCUUCAUGAGCAGCUGUAAGCUCCUCUGCUCCCUCAGCAGCAAAUAUGGACACCAGUUUGGCAACCCUGCUGGGGUCUGUGUGGACACGGAUGGCAGCAUCCUGGUGGCAGACGAGCAACACCGUACAGUCCACUUGUUCCCAGAGCAUGGAGCUCCCAUCUGCCUGGUGUCCACAGGGCUGCGGAGGCCUGCUGGCAUGGCCUGCUCCUCCUCUGGGCACCUCUUUGUGGCAGACACAGUGGAGAACUGUGUCAAGGUCUUUAAGUACUGUGUGAGGCCCCCGUACAGACCCACCAACGCUGGGGCAUCAUAUGCUGACCCCACCCAAACACACAGGUGGGGAGGGGGGGUGAUUCCCCUGCAGCCCCGCUGAGCUGUGCAUCUGCUGGUGUGCUGAGAGCUCCACUGCUCUCACAGAUUCCUGUAAUGGAAUAAUUGAAUGGUUUGGAUUGGGAAGGACUGUAAAGACCAUUUCAGAGACACCUUCCACUGUCCCAGGUUCCUUCAAGCCCUGCCCAGCCUGGCCUUGGACAUUUCCAGGGAUGUG